AUGUCAUCUGAGGCGGAAUCCGCGUUUCGUCAUGUGACCGAGUCCGGCUGCUACGGAGGCGCCAUCGUCGGGGCAGUCUCCUUUUUGACAGGUUGGAUAUCCUCUAUGCCUUCAGACAACAUGAUCAGCCUUACGAUGAAGAUCGUAUCAGCCGACUGCUCGGUAGAUGAACUGAUGUCUCUGGGCGUGCUGCCUGCAGCCAUUGCCAUCGGCCGGGUGGCAAUUCCCGUGCUGCUGUUCGUCUGGACGAUGCACGGACUUUUUUCUUCGUUUUAUGGAAUAUGCAGUUCUACAGCGCCGUUGUUGUACGGAAUAAGUCUCACUGAGAUCUCCUUCCAACUCGCAUGCUUUGUCGCGGUCGCAUCUUACCUGGCCACGGAUGCCCUUUCGAGGACAGUCAACGCUAUCGCUGGAGCUCUCCGCGAGGGUACGGCGGGCGUGCAGGCGGGACUCAAAUCUGCCGCUGACUGGUCCGGUGACAAGGCGAGAAGGUCAGUUACAAAUAUUUGA